AUGGCAGCACCCCUGGAGCCUCAGGAUGAGGCCCCUGGGGAGGGAGAAGGGCUGCUGAUUGUGAAGGUGGAAGAUUCCUCCUGGGAGCAGGACUCUGCCCAGCAAGAAGACAACAGGGAUUCUGAGGUCUGUCGCCAGCGCUUUCGACAUUUUUGCUAUAGGGAUGUGGGCGGGCCCCAUGAGGCCUUCAGUCAGCUCUGGGAGCUCUGCUGCCGCUGGCUUCGGCCGGAGCUGCACACCAAGGAGCAGAUCCUGGAGCUGCUGGUGCUGGAGCAGUUCCUGAGUGUGCUGCCCGGAGGCGUCCAGGACUGGGUUCGAGAGCGGUGUCCAGGGAGUGGCGAGGAGGCCGUUGCCUUGGUGGAGGUCCUGCAGAAACAGCCAGUGACAGCAUGGCCACAGGAAGUGCCCUCAGAGGACGUGGAACCUGAAGCUACAGUCCAGGGACCCCAGGCCAAGGGGCUUCCCAUGAAGGUGGGGGCACGAAGCUGGCCACCUGUACCUUGGGAGCAGCACAGCCAUGGUGCCCAGCUUCCUGCUCUUAAAGAAGGGAGUACCAGAGAGACAACCGGUACCUGCUUUGCCUCUGAGGUCCAUGGACCUUUGACAUUUGGAGACAUUCCCUUCUAUUUCUCCCGGGAAGAAUGGGGGUCUCUGGACCCUGCUCAGAGGGAACUCUUUUGGGACAUAAAGCGAGAGAACUCCCGGAAUGUUGCCCUGGGUGCGGGGCUUCAGAGCCAAAGCCAGCGAUCCGGGCUGGAGGAGGCGGUGACGGCGCUGCCGGGCCAGGCCGGCGGUGGCGGCGGGCGCGGCGACGUGACUGUGUCCUGGAGCCCUGAGGAGCCCGAGGCCUGGGACGGCGAGGCCCGGCCGGGGGCGCCCGUGGGCCGCGCGGUGGGGGCGCGGAGGGGGCGGCCGCCAGCGCGCCGGCGGCCGCUGCGGGACCUGGCGGCGGAGAAGCCGCACAGCUGCGGCCAGUGCGGCAAGCGCUUCCGCUGGGGCUCGGACCUGGCGCGCCACCAGCGCACGCACACGGGCGAGAAGCCGCACAAGUGCCAGGCGUGCGAGAAGAGCUUCCGCAGCUCGUCGGACCUGCUGCGCCACCAGGGCGUGCACACGGGCCAGAAGCCCUUCUCCUGCUCCCAGUGCGGCAAGAGCUUCAGCCGCAGCGCCUACCUGGCCGACCAUCAGCGCAUCCACACGGGCGAGAAGCCCUUCGGCUGCAGCGAGUGCGGCAAGAGCUUCUCGCUGCGCUCCUACCUGCUGGACCACCGGCGCGUGCACACGGGCGAGCGGCCCUUCGGCUGCGGCGAGUGCGACAAGAGCUUCAAGCAGCGCGCCCACCUCAUCGCCCACCAGAGCCUGCACGCCAAGAUGGCCCAGCCUGUGGGCUGA